AUGUGUGGAGUUACUUCAGCUGAAACCCCCUUUCUUACUGCUGAAAACUUUGAGAGCUAUCUGGCCUCUGAUGACGUACUGGUUUACUACUUCAAUGAAUUCUUAAGUCUGCCGUCUUUCUCAGAAGCUUUGGUAUACAACCAGCAAUCUGGACUUUUUGAGGUGGUGACUGGAAAAGCUGACAUUAUCGCCGAACAGAUCAGCGCUACCCUGAAACUCUAUAAAUCAAUACUGCUUUCUGAUGACCCAGAAACAUUUUCCAAAAUGCCACCUGUACCGGACAUCUGUUUCGCUGUCGUCUGCCUCCACAGAGAGGAAGGAAUUCAGUGGAUUAAGGAGAAAAGACUGCCCUUCUUCCUGCAGAGCGAUUGCUACCAUGAAUACAGACUUGCCAAGCUGCUGUUUCAGUGGAAGCCAACCUUUUGGAGCCAUGAUUUGAAAAACUGGUUAGAUGAAAAAGACACUAGCAUUCAUUCAAUCUCAGAAUUGCUUGAUGACUUCUCUUCUGAAGAAGAUUCUUCAGAUUCUCUGGAGAGUAUAUCACCAGAACCAGGAGUUGAAUGUGAGCAAACUCAAGAACUCCACAGCUCAUCUGACCUGUCAGCGGGUCUGUCAGACAACCUGACUGCUGAAGAACAGCCAGAGUACUUUGCUAGUAAAGUGGUUAAUCAGGUGCUUAAAGAGGCUGUGGACAUGUUGGACGGACAGAAACAGGCCGAAACCUCAGAGAGCCUCAGCCAGCCAGACCUCUCCAGGACAGAUGACCAACACGAAGCAAAUAAAGAUGAAGCAAAACCGGAGAGGAAGAAAUCAACACCAUUGAACAGUGCAAAGAAUAAUAGAGACAAGCCAGAAGAGGUUAAGAAGAGUCCUGUUUUGUGCUGGGAAGUCUCCAGUGCUGAUAAUAGGCCAGGCUUGGAUGAGUUCAAAGAGUUUUUGCGAGGAACGUCAGGAGAGAAGCUUCUAAAUCUGUGGAUGGAUAUUCAGACACUGAUAGCGUUGCAGACUGAAGAACGAAAAAAAAGAUAUUUAGUUCUGUUGAGGAACUGCUACCUGAGGAACAGCAGUCCUUGUUGUUUGAAUGGGGAGCUGCUGGCAAGGUUGGGGUUGUCGAACUCCCCCUGCUGGAUAGAGGAGAAAUUGUUCUCGGUUCAGGAACUACUAACUGAGCCUCUACUCAGCUACUGGUUACCUCGGUACUGGAUGAAGACUCGUUGCAGACAGCCUGGCAGUCACUCUGAAGAGUAUCUGUCCCCAUUCCAUCAUUCUGCUAUGACUCAGAUGUCUGCCAAAUGUGAGACACCAUUUGGAAGAAGAGUGAAACCGAUGAUGACGUCUCUGUUUAUUGAGUUCCGGACUGGGCUGUACUUCACACAGUACUGUGAACAAUCUGGAAACAAGCUUUGGGUAAAUGCAGUUUACUUCUGGACAGACCUGCAGCACUACCAUGAACUGUUCCACCAAGAGCAAAUGGACCCCUACAGUGUGCAGAGAGAGGCACAGGUCCUUUAUUCCACAUAUAUUUCCAGCUUUGCCAGGAGGAGCAUUAAUGUUAAGACCAAAACCAGAAGAGAGGUGUACAACAAACUACAGCCUGCUUUUGAGGAGCUGUUUGAUAGGGUGGAGGAACAUGCGCUGGACAUCCUUCUGGAGCCGUGGACACAGCUGAACCAGAGGGACAAAGAGUCAUUUCUGCAGGUGCCUGUGCACGAGGAGCAGCGGUGCUUCUACAGUCCAGACCACAGAGAACUCCUGAGGGUCUGCAAGGAAUUAAAGCACCGCCAGAGACGGAUCAGCAAACAGCAGCAGAGGUCCAUGAAUCUUCCUAUAUCUGUCGAGCCAUUCUCUUCCUCAAAGAGUGGCCGACACCUUGGUCCUUGGUCCAAAGUGGCUGCAAUUUUCCAAAGUUAUCGUCUAUUGACCUUACUUCAUCACCCUCAAGAGGGCAAACACUUCAUGACUUUCUUGCAGGAAAAUAACGCCAGCAUUCAUCUGCUCUGUUGGUUGGACCUAGAGCGGUACAAGGCGAUUUUUAAGGGAAGCAAGAGCGUCAGACUGGAGAAGACAACUUUGAUUGUUAAAAAGUACCUGAACGAAGACUACUUCUUUGGUCCUGACAGCCCUGCCACAAAAGAACAACAGGAAGAUAUUCUAGUUAAGGCAGGUGGAGAGGAGAAGCUGCAGUCAGAAAGCCUCUCAAACGAAGUCGCGAUUGCAAUCCAGGAAAUAAUCAGGUGUUACCUUGAAGAAACAUGGGUACCUUUGUUCCUCUCCUCAAAAGAGUUUGUUGAGCGGCAGAAAAUAAAGGAAAGGGAAAAGAGUCAAUCAGAAGAUAGAGCCUUACAGCUGAACCGGAUCAGAGCAAGGAAGGGUUCAGUGAUGAGUACCUCCAGAGAUAUCCUUCUGUUUCGGAGAGCUCUUCUCAACCCGUCCACCUGCAAGCAGUUCCAGGACUAUGUCUCUGUGAAAGGAGAGUUACUGGAAAAUGACGUGCGCUUCUGGGUGGAGGUGCAGAGGUAUAAGGACCUCUGCCAUUCGCACAGCAGUCUGACCAUCAUCCAGCAGAAAAUCUCCACAAUCAUCAGCUGUUUUAUCAACUCUUCCAUGCCACCAUCUGUGCAGAUCAACAUUUCUCAUGAACAGGCUCGGCGUAUUCUGGAAAAGCGCCGUGAGCUCGGCCCUUAUAUCUUCAGAGAGGCACAGAUAGCUGUGUUCAGUGAACUGCUGAAGCUAUGGCCCAAGUUUCAAGUGCUCAGCAGGAAUCUCUCCAAAGCGGAGCUCAUUCCCCUGCUGCAGGAGAAGAGAGCCAAACACAAGGCCAAAAUACGGAAACAGAGACGGCUGGAGGAGGAGGAAAGUGAAAAAAAAGCACAGUUGUUACAGGAGAAACGAGAGUCCCUUAUGAGUUUGGAGAAGGAUGAGCGGGAGAGUAAUCACGAGCUGGAACAAAAAGACGGAUCUAAAACGCAUCUGAAGCCACGCCACAGCUUCUCCUUGGAACGCAACUUCAGCUUCGAAAGCAACGGGAGCCACCAACUCGACUCCCAGAUCUUCCUCAUAUCCCAAAGCUCAUUGAUGACUCACGCAGAACCACUGCUGUGGUCAUACUCCAAGUACAUCGAAGAUCAGCAGAAGGAGAGGGAGGACGCGUUCAGUUCGCUUGAGAAUUCUGUCUCCACAGACUCAGACUCCAGUAUCCAGUCAGUAAGCAGUAAGGAAAGCUCCCAGGUGCCAUCAAUUGCCUCCUCUAGGAGCUUCACCAAAAGAUGGGUGAAAACAUGUCCCAACCCUGGGCCCAGGAGGAACAUCCCUGCUAUCUGAGCAGGAGUGAAGGCUGAGAGAGUAACUGAUACAUUGAUUAUAAAAAGUUGAAGACAUAUAUUAGAAUAUUUCUUAUUCAGGCCUAAGCCUUAUGGGGCCUGCUGAUUGUGAAAGUAGUGAUGUCCACGGUUUCAAUACAACCUUUAUAGCUGCACUAAAAAUAAAAGAAUACUUCAUGUGAA